AUUUUGGCCAUAUGGGCCAUGCACUUCUAAUCUAUAGUAUUUUAGUCUAUGGUCUCUUUUCUCUAGUCUCUGAUUUUUGACAGCCGCAGUGGAAGAGAUUCAAGCCGAAAAUGUACAAAUUUACGAACCAUUUAGCCAACGCAAGGUUGGUUUUGGUACGCAAGCAGCUGGACGGCACCUGUGCCGCCCUGGUGCUUAUGCGCCAGCGGCGGCCACUGGGCACCAACCCCCCUGAGAAUUGCCCGCAGCCACCGACUCGGCCUAAGAGUCGGAAGCUGCUAUAUGGCACUCUUGGGGCUGUGCUGCUCACUGGCGGCGCCGUUGUCUAUGCCAAGAACAGUCCCGAAGCCCGCAGCUGGGUGGAAAGCAACAUGCCUUUAGCAAACGACUUCAUCGCACUAGUGUACCAGGAGAACACAACCUAUUGGCAGGCAGCUGUCGAUAAGUUCAACAGUAUCAGUACUUCACUUGGCCACGUGAUGUUCGGAAAGGAGGGUGUGGUCCCGGUCGAGGUCAGAAAGAAGACCAAUGAGGAGUUUGAGGCUGAAGCCAAGAUAAACCUUGGACCCAAGAAUUAUGAAUUGCCCCCGCCGGCGUUCGAACCCCUGUACUACGAGGAACCGAAAAUAGUCGCCCCUGAGGUACACCAGCCAGCAAUCCUCAUCCAAUCGGACAAAAGUGAGCCCCAGCCACCAUUGAAGAUCGAGAUCACCAAGGACCUCGUAGAACUUGAACAAGACAUGCACGACAACACCCGAAUCGCCGUCGACAACUAUAAAGAAGCGGUUAAAUACGCCGAGAGAUACAACAAGGCGUUGUAUAGGCUUGUGGAAUGCCCCGUCGAGGAUUUGGACGGCACGUUGUUCAAGACUCUGCAAUCCUCGAAGCACGAGCUCGAUGCAUAUGAAACUAAGGCUAAGACCGCUUGCACAAAGGCCCGCUGUGCCAUUGAGACCAUUGACCGUAUGCUCAAAGCCGGCGUGAAGGCGCCCCCGGAAAGCAUCGCGUCCACCAAGCGCUACCUCAAGCAGUUCCGCGAAGACCUGUCCAGGGUCGAGAUGGCCUUCAACGAGGAAAAGGAAAAGGCUGUGCUCAGCGACAAGUACUGGGAAAAGGUGAACCACGCCCGUCAGACGUACAAGCGCGAGCUGCAGGCCAUGUUCCCCGGCUUGGAUCUGAGCGCGAGGAAACUGGACGUGCGAGGAGACACCGACCUGCUCCUCUUGUACACGCUCCGCCAGGUGGCGUAUCUUCAAAACGAAAUCGCCGAAUUGCAGACAGUCAGAGAACUCAAAAUGAACAGAGCCAUUGAAUGUCACGACGAGAAAAAGCUGAUCGAAGCUAAAGUGGAGGACAUGAUUAAGAAGGAACAGUUAGAGAAGGACAAGGAAUUCAAUAAAAAGAUCCUAGAGGUGCACGCGGAGGCGGCGCGGCAGAUGAGGGAACAGCUCAAGAAACAGUUCGAGGUCCAGCAGGACGUGAUGCAGGCCGCCCUAGCCAGGAAGGAGCAAGAGGUGAUGUCUAAAUUCAGCCGUCAAGUGUCCGAACAAGUUGAAAAGGAAAGAGUCAUCUUCAAGCGUGAACUUGCCGCCAUGGCGGGUAAAUUGCAGGCUAUAGAGCAGACACUCAAACAGCGCGCGAAGGCCGAGGAGGAGGCGCGGCGCUCGCAGUCGCUGUGGGCGGCGGCCGAGGCGCUGCUGGCCGCCACGCGCCGCCCCGCGCCGCACGUCUCCGUCGACAAGGAGCUGGACGCGCUGGAGAAGGCCGGUAAAAACGAUAAGCUGGUCGUGACCGUGCUGAAAGGCAUACCGGAGGACGCGCGCAAAAAGGGCAUUGCCACGGAAAAGACGCUCCGGGAUAGGUUUGAUAAGAUGGAGCAAAACGCAGUGAAAGUGGCGUUAGUUGGACGACAAGGUGCUUCUCUACCCAUCUACUUUCUCUCGUGGCUGCAGUCCAAACUACUCUUCCCUAAGCUAGCUGAAAUACCGCAAGACGAAUUAGACAACCUGCCUACAGACUUCUCGCAGUUAGACACCUUCGACAUUAUCCAGAGGGCAAGGUACUACAUGGACCACGGCAACCUGCCAGCGGCGUUGCGUUAUGUAAACCUCCUGCAGGGCGGCCCGCGUGCGGCGGCCAUGCCGUGGCUGGAGUCUGCGCGCGCGCACCUCGAGAUCAAGCAGGCCGCCGAGGCCGUCAUGGCACAUGCUUCCGUUUCCGGCUUACUAUACUUGUAGACUACAGGGUGAUUAGUUUUAUUACAGACUUGGAGCCCAAUCUAGCAGGAUUCACAUAAAACAUGGACUUCCCAUAAAAAGAGGAAAAUGGCCAACCUGGUAACGUCAUACUAAUUUUGAAAUAUAUUUAUUCAAACCACAGUAAAUUUCUUUUUUAGUACACAAACCGUUAUAGACUCUAAUGGAAUAGCAAUAAAUUUCAAUUUGCAUUGUUACCAAUUUGUAACGAAUUGUAAGUACAUAUAUGUGACGUCCCACGGGUAAAGAUACCUUAUGGCGGUUGGCGCUUACGCUAUUAUUAACGCCGCUCCAAUAUUAUUGCGCUAUAUGACGUAAGCGCCAGCCGCCAUAAGGUACUUUUUCCGUGGAACGUCACAUAUGAAAUGACUGUUAUUUGUGUACUGAAGGAUAUAUUCUCUAAGACCGAUGUAGGAAUUAUUUUACUGUAAAAAAAACGGCUAAAAAUCAUCACAGACGAUGAAGACAGUAGUAAAAAAAAAAAACAGUAAAAUAUUUAUAAACUGUUUAGAAGGCAACGGUUUCACUCACUUGAAUUUUUAGUCGCUAUUAUCACGCGUGGCUCACUCCGCCAUUUCGUCGCGUCGCUACAAGUACAUGCGGCCCACACCAAUUUUGGUGUCUAGCAGUAGUGGUUGCCGCGCACCGCUACGGAACGGACGCCUGUUUGCGCUUGCGCUUCUAGCUCGUAAUAGACCGUUUUGUUAGAGAGUAAACCUUCUGUACCCAGUUCAAUUAUUUAUUCUGUGCUAUUGUCGCGUAUUUUGUGUUGCCGUUGUCAUCUAAACGGUUUAAAAUACAGCCUGCCAAAAAAGAGUAGAAAUUAAAAAGU